AACAAAACGCUAUAAAACCGGCAAAAAUGUCUUUGGCGGCACAAAUAAGGUAAAGCAUUAACUUCGCUAAUAAUCACAUUUGAAGCACAAUAUGGCACAGACAAUACAAAUGACAAAUGAACAACUUCGUCAACUCAUUGACUGUGCAGUAAGUGCAGCUGACAAUGCUGUGUUCACAGGUGGAGACGCCUCCAUGGCAAAGACAAAGGGCAGCUUCAGCAAUUGCACACAUCGAUUUGGCGGCAUUCGAAGCCGCGAUGAGUUGGAGGAAUUCUUAACGAAUGUUGUCACCUUCAUGGAAUUGGAAAUGAUCAGCGAUGAAAACGCCAUGAAGGGCAUCUCAUUGCUCUUCUAUGGCAUUGCUUCCACUUGGUGGCAAGGUGUUCGGAAGGAGGCAAAGACCUGGAAUGACGCUAUUGGCCCCAUUCGCGAGCACUUUUCGCCUGCCAAGGCCGCAUAUCAGGUCUACAUGGAUUUCUUUGCAAAGAAACUGUUUGAUGGCGUUGCCAUUGACACUUUUGGUGUCGAGAAGCGUGCACUGCUCGCUCAGCUGCCAGAAGAUCAACACAAUGAAGAGACAGAACUGGACUUUCUAUAUGGUCUGUUGAAUAUCAAGUAUCGCAAACACAUUAUCCGGCAAAGUGUGAAAACAUUUCGGGAUUUUCUUGAAUUGGGUCGUGUUAUAGAGCACAAUAGUCAGGAAGAUCAGGUUGAAACAAGGGCUGCAAUUCCAUUACGUUAUGCUCGUCAUGUUGAGCGCUGCACUCACUGUAAUUUCCAUAGCCACCGGUUUGAGCAAAAAGGCCACGAGAAGACAUUACAGCUUAACACUGACCAUAAAGGUAACACUAUAGUACACUUCUCUUUCCAUAUAUACAUACAUAUAAUUAAUACGAAUAUAUGGAAUUAUUACGUUAUUAACACCACUUCAUUGUUAUUAAUAGAAAAAGCAUUUUGA